GGCCAAUCCGUUGCAACGUUUCAAGCGCCCACUUGAACUGUCAGCUUGUGGCCACUGAAUACACGAGGAGAAGCUCUGUGACUUUAGGUUACUAUGACCAAAAUCUUGUUGGCUUGCGGCGUGGUUAAAUCUCUGAGACAAGGAUGGAUGAUUUGCGGGAAAGUGAGGAACACGUCAGGCUGGCCGCAACUUCAAUCUGCGAAACUUUUCAGUGUCAAGGCACAGACAGCUCACCUGGUCUUGGAGGAUGGUACCAGGAUGAAAGGGUUUUCCUUUGGGCACAAUGGCUCUGUAGCUGGGGAACUUGUCUUCAAUACUGGCCUGGUGGGGUACCCUGAGGCCCUUACUGACCCCAGCUACAAAGGUCAAAUCCUGACCUUGACAUACCCCAUUGUUGGAAACUAUGGCGUACCCAACACCCAGGAGCUGGAUGAGCUUGGCCUGAGAAAACAUGUGGAGUCAGCAAACAUCCAGGUGUCUGGUCUUCUUGUUCAAGACUACAGCCAUGAAUAUAGCCACUGGAAUUCUGUCAAGUCUUUGGGUCAGUGGCUACAAGAAGAGCAGGUCCCUGCACUGUUCGGAAUAGACACCAGGAUGCUGACCAAGAUCAUCAGAGACAAGGGCACUGUUUUAGCAAAGAUUGAAUUUGAUGGACAGCCAAUAGAGAUAUCUGAUCCCAACCAGAAAAACCUGAUAGCAGAAGUUUCAACCAAGGAAAUCAAAGUUUUUGGAAAAGGGAACCCAAUAAAAGUUGUGGCUGUGGACUGUGGCAUUAAGCAUAAUAUAAUCCGACUGCUGGUUAAGCGAGGCACAGAGGUCCACCUCGUACCGUGGGAACAGGAUUUGAUGAGUUUAGACUAUGAUGGCCUGUUUAUAUCAAACGGACCAGGAGACCCAUCUCUGGCUGAAACACUCAUCAACAAUGUCCGCAAGGUGCUUGAGAGUGAUCGGCCUCAGCCGGUGUUUGGGAUCUGCAUGGGCAAUCAGAUCACGGCUCUGGCAGCAGGAGCAAAGUCAUAUAAACUGCCAAUGGGUAACAGAGGCCAGAACCAGCCAGUGCUGAAUGUGAUGACAGGACAGGCAUUCAUUACAGCCCAAAACCAUGGUUACGGCAUAGACAGCAAGUCCCUUCCAGCAGGCUGGAGCCCACUUUUUGUCAAUGCUAAUGAUGGCACCAAUGAGGGCAUCAUGCACAACACUAAGCCUGUUUUCACGGCCCAGUUCCAUCCGGAGGCUAAGGGUGGUCCCACUGACACUGAGUUUCUAUUUGAUGCCUUCAUAUCCUUGAUAAAGAAUGGAAAGAACACUAACAUUGUGUCAGUGAUGCCCAAGAACCCCUGCAUCCCCCCCAGAGCACAGGUUUCAAAGGUGCUGGUGCUGGGGUCAGGUGGUCUGUCUAUAGGCCAGGCUGGUGAAUUUGACUAUUCUGGAUCUCAAGCUAUUAAGGCCAUGAAGGAGGAAAACUUGAAGACAGUGCUCAUGAACCCUAACAUAGCAUCUGUUCAAACCAAUGAAGUGGGCUCCAAGCAGGCGGACUCUGUCUACUUCCUGCCAGUGACUCCACAGUUUGUAACAGAAGUGAUUAAAACCGAGCGUCCUGACGGCAUUCUGCUUUCUAUGGGUGGACAGACUGCACUUAACUGUGGAGUGGAAUUAUUUCAACGAGGCAUUUUGGAGCAGUAUGGGGUGAAAGUCCUUGGGACCCCAGUGGAAUCCAUCAUGGCCACAGAAGACAGGCAACUUUUUGCUGAUAAACUCAUGGAGAUCCAUGAGAAAAUUGCACCCAGCAUUGCUGUGGAGUCAGUGCCUCAUGCCUUGAACGCCGCGGAGAAAAUAGGGUAUCCAGUGAUGUUACGAUCAGCCUAUGCCCUGGGAGGUCUGGGGUCUGGUCUGUGUGCUACCAAAGAAAAAUUGGAGGAAACUGCCCAGAAGGCCCUGGCAAUGAGCAGUCAGAUUCUGGUGGAGAAGUCUUUACUCGGCUGGAAGGAGGUAGAAUAUGAGGUUGUGAGAGAUGUGGCUGAUAACUGUGUUACGGUUUGCAACAUGGAGAAUUUUGAUCCACUGGGCAUUCACACAGGCGACUCCAUAGUUGUAGCACCAAGUCAAACAUUGUCCAAUGAGGAGUACCACAUGCUUCGUGAGACGGCUAUUAAGGUGGUGCGUCACCUUGGAAUUGUGGGCGAGUGCAACAUCCAGUAUGCACUCCAUCCAUCAUCGCUGGAAUACUGCAUCAUUGAGGUUAACGCUCGGCUCUCAAGAAGCUCAGCUUUAGCAUCCAAAGCUACUGGUUACCCCUUGGCAUUUGUAGCUGCUAAGUUAGCUCUGGGAAUCCCUUUGCCAGACAUCAGAAACGCCGUAUCAGAAAAGACCACCGCCUGCUUUGAGCCAAGUUUAGACUACAUUGUCACCAAGAUUCCCCGCUGGGACCUGGACCGCUUUCAGGGCAUGUCAUUGGAAAUAGGCAGUGCCAUGAAAAGUGUUGGAGAGGUGAUGGCGGUGGGUCGAACGUUUGAGGAGAGUGUGCAGAAGGCUUUGAGGAUGUGUCAUCCAUCUGUGGAUGGCUUUGUUCCCAGAUUGCCACUCAAGAAAGCCUGGGGCAACACAAAGAACCUUCAGCAGGAGCUGGCUGUGCCCUCCAGCACCCGCAUCUUCUCCCUUGCCAAGGCGCUGCAUAACGGUAUGAGUGUUGAUCAGAUUCAUCAGCUCACGGCCAUAGAUAAGUGGUUCCUCCACAAACUUCGCAGAAUAACACAUUUGGAGCAAAACCUUGGAAACUAUAGCAGAGAUACAGUACCCAAGGAGCUGUUACUGAAAGCCAAGCAGGAUGGCUUCUCAGACCAGCAGGUCGGUCAGAUUCUUGGCUGCAAUGAAACAACUGCUAGAGAGCUGAGGGUCUUUAAUGGCAUCAGACCUUGGGUUAAACAGAUUGACACAUUAGCAGCUGAGUACCCAGCAAUGACCAACUACUUGUACUGCACAUACCAUGGUCAGGAGCAUGACCUGGAAUUUAAAGAUCAAGGCAUUAUGGUUCUUGGCUGUGGACCAUAUCACAUUGGUAGCAGCGUUGAGUUUGACUGGUGUGCAGUAUCCUGUAUCAGGGCCUUGAGACAAAUUGGAAAGAAGACCGUUGUGGUCAACCACAACCCCGAGACUGUCAGCACUGACUUUGACGAGUGUGAUCGUCUUUACUUUGAAGAGUUGACCCUGGAGCGCAUCCUUGAUAUCACCCAACAGGAGGAGUGUUCUGGUAGUAUUGUGUCUGUGGGAGGUCAGAUCCCCAACAACUUGGCCAUCCCUUUGCACAAGAGUGGAGUAAAGAUUCUAGGGACGAGCCCCCUGCAGAUUGAUCGGGCUGAGGAACGUUCUGUCUUCUCCAGCAUCCUUGACAAUCUUGAAGUGGCCCAAGCUCCAUGGAGGGCACUCAGUUCACUGGAAGAUGCCUUUGCAUUUGCUAACCGGGUGGGCUACCCUUGUUUACUUCGACCCUCGUAUGUUCUUAGUGGCUCUGCAAUGAAUGUUGUCUAUGGGGAGGAAGAAAUGAAACGCUUCUUGGAAGAGGCUACACAGGUUUCCCAGGAACAUCCAGUUGUCAUCACAAAGUUUAUACGUGGUGCCAGGGAGGUAGAAGUGGAUGCUGUAGCUAGCAAUGGCAAGGUCCUUGUCCAUGCUAUAACAGAGCAUGUAGAAGAUGCUGGUGUCCACUCAGGCGAUGCCACCUUAAUGCUCCCAACCCAAACCAUCAGCCAGGGAGCCCUAGAGAAAGUCAAAAUUGCCACCCGGAAAAUUGCACAAGCGUUUGAGAUUUCAGGGCCCUUUAACACCCAAUUUCUGGUUAAAGGCAAUGAUGUCAUGGUGAUAGAGUGCAAUCUGCGGGCAUCACGAUCAUUUCCUUUUGUAUCAAAAACAAUCGGUGUGGACUUUAUCAACGUGGCUACAAAAGUGAUGGUGGGAGAGCCUUUAAAUGAAUCCUGCCUGCCUUCACUGGAGAAACCAAUCAUUCCUGUAGACUAUGUGGGAAUCAAGGCACCAAUGUUCUCUUGGCCGCGACUGAGGGAUGCAGACCCUGUUCUUCGUUGUGAGAUGGCUUCCACUGGAGAAGUAGCUUGUUUUGGACCAAACAUUUAUUCAGCGUUUCUGAAGGCCAUCCUCUCCACAGGCUUUAAGCUGCCACAGAAGGGCAUCCUGAUUGGAAUUCAGCACUCUUUCCGACCGAAUUUUCUUGCCACGGCACAUCAGCUGAAAGAAGAAGGCUUCAAGCUCUAUGCUACUGAAGCAACCUCAGCCUGGUUGUGUGUGAAUGAUGUACCUGCCAUUCCAGUAGCUUGGCCAUCUGAAAAAGAAGGAAACACAACAUUGCCCAGUAUAAAAAGACUGAUCAGUCAGGGUCAUAUUGACCUGGUUGUGAACUUGCCCAAUAACAACACGCGACAUCUGAAGGAUAACUUCCUGAUCCGCAGAAUGGCUGUUGAUCAUGGUGUUCCCCUCAUUACAAAUUAUCAGGUGGUCAAGUUGUUUGCUGAAGCUAUACGUUAUGCAGGCGAUCUUGAUACAACAAGCCUCUUCCAUUACCGACAGAAGGAUAGCCAACCAAAAGGAGACAGUCAGCGAGGAUAGAGCCUCCUUCUUUUGCAUGCAUCUUUGAUUUAGCUAUAAAAAAGGCGUAGGUGAGAUCGUUCCCAAUAUAACGAGGCUACAGAAACUCAAAAUGCAUACAUUCGAAUAAAAUAACACCAGGAUCAUCAUAAGAUCUUUCAAAUAUAAAAAUAUACAGUACUAAAUCUGGUCAGUUGGAUCCUAUAAAUACUCCACAGGAUGCCAGAACGAAAAUUUUUAGAAACAUCCUCAAAUAGAACAGGCUUUUACCAAGAAAGCCCAUUAAAACGUUUACAUUGUGCAUUUGUUACUCUGACAUAAAUUGGUAGAUUUUCAAGGGCUAGUUAAUUAACUUGGUAUGAAUUCUUAUUCAUUAGAAAAAAUUGACAAAUCUGUAGUCCUGGAGAAUAUUACUUAAAAAAUACUAACAAUAACCACUCAAGUCUUAAUGAUUCACAUUUUUCUGAACUACUGAAUUUAGCAUGUUACUUUUGAAGACUUAAUUUUGCUUGUUGUUGUUUAUGAUUUUUUUUUUUUUUUUUUUUUUUUUUUUUUGUGAGAUGAUGCAAUUACUGUAGAUAAGCUAGCUGUGUGUGGAUGUUUGUUUUUGUUUUUUUAUUCUGAUUAUUUUAUCCUAAUACAAUAAACUAUAGGAAGAUUAUUUACAUUUUAACGAUUUCAAGUGGAACAUUCUAGCCCUGUGAUUUGAAUUUGAGGACAAAUACUCUGGUUAAAUAUUUAGAUGUGGUUUGUGUAUAGAAAUUCUUUUAUUUUUAUUUUAUUUAUAAAAUGACCUUUUAUGUAAACAAAGCUCAAUACAUUUAAAUUUCCACAAAUAUGCAAUGAUACCUGAGUUAUUAUUUAAUUUGUUUGUUUUCUUCACCGUUUGUGUGUUUGACCACAAAAUCAUUUCUCACAUUCUCAAAUUUCUGUCUUUAAAACUGAGACUGUUUUGAAGAAAAUGGAUAUGGAUUAAAACUUGAUUACUUCCCCUCCCACCCUAUUUUGUGUCGGUUUUAAAUAUUUCUUCUUUUCUUCCUCUUCUUCAUAAUUGUCAAAACUCUCAUAAAAAGCUGGUUGCUCUUGAAAAUGAGACCUUGUGUCAGAUCUGCUUGUAUUACAAGAGAGAGAGAUAGAGAAUAAUCUCUCUUGUCUUGUAUGUCUGUGUUCAAUCUAAUUUUGAAUAUUUAAACUUCAGCCAUAGACACUUCUGCUACAUAUAAGAGACAUCCAUAUCGCAUAUUUUACCUAUACAUUUACAGAUGUAGGGAUGCCGAUGAAAAUUCUCUUUUUCUUUCACUGGAAAGAACUGGAAGCGUGUUUUAAAAAAGGAUCAGAUUAUUUGCCAUCUUUGACCAUUUCAUGAAGCUGCAAUGGAAAAAUCUGAAGGCCAUCUGUCAUUGUGAAGGAUUCCAAUUAACACACCUGACCAUCUGGUCUAGAUGGGCAGACAUUUUCAACAUGGCACAUAGAGUAGCUGCAUUAUGAAAGUAACUGUCAAUCAAUCAAAUAAAAAUCUCAUCUGAGUAUCAUCUCUGACCAAGACAGUCAACUCAAUGCUGAAGCACUGGUCCAAAAGGAGCUGAAAUAAGAGCCUGCUGGAUUGGAAAAACACUUGGUCCGACUUCUGGUCAUUUCAGUUGAAGAAAGGUUCCCUGAUUUCAAAGCUGUGGCAGAAGUGUCUGCUGUAAUUCCAGUUUUCCAGUGUUGUGUAAUUUCAAUGUUUAUAUGUAGUUAUUGUAGCCACAGUUAACAUUUUUUGUUAUUGUGAAGAAAAACCUGCAUGUAUCCAUCUACUUUUUCAAACUUGACGUUAAUUAAACAG